AUGGCCAUCUGUCAGGAGUUUCCCAAAGGCUUUGCUAUUCUGUGCAUUGUCCUCUUGCAGCCCAGGAAACCGGUCCCAUUACUGACCCUUCCCUUGGGGGAUGAUGGGACUUGCAGUCCAAUCUCGGUGGGAGCCAAUGAGGAGCGGAGGCUGGUGGAGACCCUCUUUGCAAACUAUGACCGGACGGUGCGGCCAGUGCUCAAUGGAGGGGAGGCCCUGGAGGUGUCCAUCAAGCUGACCCUCACCAACCUCAUCUCCUUGAACGAGAAAGAAGAGACGCUGACCACCAAUGUCUGGAUCACACAGCAAUGGGUGGACUACCGCCUGAAUUACAGCAGCGCAGACUUUGGGGGAAUUGGCACCAUCCGGGUCCCGGCAGAGAUGGUCUGGCUGCCGGACAUUGUCCUGGAGAACAACAUUGACGGCAACUUUGAGGUGGCCUACUCAGCCAACGUGCUCAUCUACGAGGGGGGCUACAUGUACUGGCUGCCCCCGGCCAUCUACCGCAGCACCUGCUCCAUCGAGGUCACCUUCUUCCCCUUCGACUGGCAGAACUGCUCCUUGGUCUUCCGAUCGCAAACAUACAGCGCCAAGGAAGUGCAGCUGAUCUUUGGCCCCGAUGACGUCACAGGGGUCCCUGUGAAGGACAUCAUCAUUGACCCAGCUGCAUUCACAGAGAAUGGGGAGUGGGCCAUCCGGCACCGCCCGGCCCGCCAGCUCUUGGCCCCGGUCUCUGGGCAGGAGGCGCCCGGCUUCUCCGAGAUGCACUACUUCCUCAUCAUCCAGCGCAAGCCCCUCUUCUACAUCAUCAACAUCAUCAUCCCCUGCGUCCUCAUCUCCUCCCUGGUGGUCCUGGUCUACUUCCUCCCGGCUGAGUCCGGUGGCCAGAAGUGCACGGUCAGCAUCUCGGUCCUGCUGGCCCAGACCGUCUUCCUCUUCCUGAUUGCCCAGCAAGUGCCCGAGACCUCCCUCAGCGUCCCCCUCAUUGGGAAGUACCUGCUGUUUGUGAUGGUGGUGGCCACCAUCAUCGUCACCAACUGCGUGAUCGUGCUCAACGUCUCCCUCCGCAGCCCCAGCACCCACACCAUGUCCCAGCGCCUCAAGCACGUCUUCCUGGAGGUUUUGCCGGGUCUCUUGGGUUUGGGUCUGGAGCCAGCGGAGGAGGAGGAUGACCCUUGGGGUGGGCCCCGUCCGCGCCGGCGCAGCUCCUUCAAGAUCAUGCUGAAGGCUGAGGAGUACAUCCUCAAGAAGCCCCGCAGCGAGAUCCUCUUUGAGCGCAUGGGUGCCCGUCACGGCAUCCACAGGGGUGGCCCAGGAAGGCGGGUGGACGGGCUCUGCAUUCCUCACAGAUCAGACACACUUUUCCAAGAGGAGCCUAAGCCCCUCAAGAAACCUCUCAAAUGGCACAAAGUGGACAUUGGUGCUUUGUUUGGGGGCAGGGUGGUCACUAUGGGGGGCAAACCAUGUCUGCUAUCCCAUGACAAUGUCUCCAGUGGGACACCCCCCCCCCCCAAUAUGAGGUCUCUUUCCUUUCCCUUGCAGGAGAUGGAGAACUGGGUGAUGAUUGGGCAGGUGAUUGACAAGCUCUGCUUCUGGGCGGCCAUCCUGCUCUUCUCCAUCGGGACCUUCGCCAUCUUCUACAUGGGGCUCCUCAACACCGCCCCGGACGACCCCUUCCCUGGAAUGGAGGACCCCCACUGACCGCCCACCCCAUCCGGGACUCUCACCCCAAUUGUCCAUCAGCUCUCGGCAACAAGUUGUGUGGAUGGAUUUGCAUGCAAUUCCUGACUUGGUUCCCAAAUGUAAACAUACGCCUGGUCAGCAUCUUGUGGCUCUUUCUUUCUGGUAUUGUCUCUGAGAGAAUAUGGGGGGGGGGGGGCUUCCCUCAAGACUCCCAAGGCUCACCUCUUGCUCUGGGUAACACUAUUUUUGUUCCUGGGUUAUCAACGUCGUUUCCUAAUUCGUUCUAUCAUAUACACUUGGGAAAGGGUGAUUAAACUACACAAAAUUGGCCUUUGUGGGAGGGACAUCUUGCUAUGGCAUGUGACCACUGUGACCUUAUACUGGUUGGUGUGUUUAUUUAUACUGUUUUUGUAUAUUAUUAUUAUU